AUGGAACAAAGCAUAGCAGAGAAUAUCAAAUCAAACCCAAAACGAUUUUGGAAUCAUGUUAACUCAACGAGAAAAGUGAGAACAGGGAUAACCAACCUCAUGGGACUAAACGGAGAUGAUCAACAGAUGGCAGUCAAGGACAACGAUAAAGCCGAGGUCUUAGCUAAGUUUUCCAGCAGUGUUUUUACGAAUGAACCAUCUGGAGACCUGCCGGAAUUUGAUACUAGAACUGGGCCAGACAAAAUUCACCCGAAAGUUCUAAAGGAAUUGAGACAUUUUAUCAGUACACCCUUAGCCGAGAUUUUUAACCGGUCAUUGGAAGAUGGAAAACUACCUCAAAAAUGGAAAGAAGCUAACAUCACUGCCAUAUACAAGAAAGGAUCGAAGUCGGACCCAGGACAUUAUAGACCUGUCAGCCUCACAAAUGACACAAAGUUAUACAGACAGAUUAGGAACGAGGAAGAUGUGAGAAUCCUCCAGGAGGACCUGGAUAAACUCCAAAUUUGGUAG